ACUCAGGGUGACAGAACGUGACUCCGUCUCAAAAAAUACAUAUAUUACCAAUAUUAUUACUGGUGAGAACUGGGCCAAGGUAAGCUUAGAGGACUGGGAGCUGAGCAGAGGCCCUAAGCUCAGCAUGGGAUGGUGGGAAAAGCUAUUAGAAGGAGUCAACGGUCUGACCAUCCUGGUCUCAAGUCCAGCUUCUCCCUCUGGCUGUGCAACCUCCUGCAGGUCCCUUGACCUCUCUGAGCCUAAGUCCCCUGACCUGCAAAGUGAGUAUAAUGACACUCAGCUCAUAGCGUGUUUAGAAGGGUUCAGCCUGAUAACGCAUAGGAAACAUUUAGCAUAGUUCCUGGCUCAAACUAAGUGGUAAUUACUAUGGUUCUUAAUAAGGUGAGACCUGAAGGACAAGUUGUGGUUUAGCCAGGCUGGAGGGAGGUGGAGAGUGUGAGAGCAUUCCAGGUAGAGGACUGGGAGGUGAGAUGGGCGGGCAGGAUGUUCAAGUGCUGGAGUAGGGAGGUGUGCAUGGGUUUGCUGUGAAGCUUGGAUGUCUCCAGAGGGCGCUGGGGAGCCAGGGAAGGGCUGUGAGCAGGGGAAGGCAGGUUGGGCUCUGGAUGUAGAAGGACCCUGGCAGGGAGUGGAGGAGACUGGGCAGAGGAGGGAGACGGGGCAGGAAUAGAAGACAGCGCCUGGCCAGUGAGAACUAGGGUGAGGAGGGUUGGACUCAGAUUGACAGUGGUGAUGGGGAGGGAGGAGGUUGGGAAUGUUUCCCAGCAUUUGCGAAGAUGGUGAAGCCAUCCCGGAGGUGUGAGGAAGUUUGGGUUAGAGGAAAGAUUCUGAGUUUAGCGGGACACAGGCCACGUGAGGGCCUCGGGGAUGCGGAAAUGCAGCUCUGGUCUCAGGAUAGAGGCCCUGGCAGGAGAUAGCACCUGGAGACUUGGUUCUGAGAGAGCCGUGGGAGAGUUUGGAGCAGAGGAGGAGCAGGGUCAGGUGUAUCUGAGGCUGCAGGCAAGACAGAGUGGAAGGGGCCAGGAGGCUGGGGAGGAGGAAGCCUGUUCUGAAGCUGUGGCCAUCAGAGGUGGGGCUCUCAGAAAGGUCACCUCACCCUCCUCCAGGAAGUCUUCCUGGCUUUGUCCCACAAACUUGCUACCACAUUUUUAGCUGGGAAUGUUUUCUCCAUCUGCCCCCUGGGGAUGGGGAGUGCAGGGAUCAGGCUGGGCCUCCCUGCAGAUGGGACCAGCUGAUGAAGAGAGUGGGGUGGGGUGGGCAGCUCAGCCACCACAUCGGGGUUGGGGAUCCUGGCCCCUCCCGCUGGGUCUGGCUCCCUUCCCCUCCCAGGAAGCUAAGCUACCAGUCCUGUUGGACUCGUCUGACCCAGGAGGGAAGGGUGCAGUCCUGGGUCUCUCUCCAGUGUCCUUUCAGUGAGGCCAGCACCAUGGACACCCCACAGGCUCUGCCACUCUUCCUACUCCUGGCCUCCUUGGUAGGGGUCCUCACCCUCAGAGCCUCUUCUGGACUUCAGCAAACCAACUUCUCCUCUGCCUUCUCUUUGGACCCAACGAGCUCUUCCCAGGGGCUGGGUGCAGAAGUUCCCUCCAUCAAACCUCCCAGCUGGAAAUUUCCAGAUCAGUCCCUGGAUUCAAAAGGCUCUGCUGGAAUCUCUGAUUCCAGCCGGUUUCCUGAGGCCCUGAGUUCCAACAACAUGUCUGGGUCCUUCUGGUCAAAUGUUUCUGCUGAGGGCCAACAUUUGAGCCCGGUUUCCUCCUCUGAAACCCCUGGUUCUGAAGUAUUUCCUGAUAUUUUGGAACCACAAGUUCCUGCCAAAGACCCCAAGCCUUCCUUCUCUGUUAAGACCCCAGCUUCAAACAUUUCUACUCAAGUCUCCAACACCAAACUCUCUGUUAAGGCCCCAGAUUCGAAAUUCUCCCCUGAUGACAUGGAUCUUCAACUUUCUGCCCAGAGCCCUGAAUCCGAAUUUUCUGCAGAGACCCACUUAGCUGCAAGCUUCCCCCAGCAGCUGGGGGGCCCACUGGCUGUGCUGGUGGGAACUACCAUCCGGCUCCCCCUGGUCCCAGUCCCCAGCCCUGGGCCCCCCACCCCUCUGGUGGUCUGGCGCCGGGGCUCUAAGGUGCUGGCAACUGGAGGCCUGGGGCCAGGGGCACCUCUGAUCAGCCUGGAUCCUGCUCACCGAGACCGCCUGCGAUUUGACCAGGCCCGGGGGGUUCUGGAGCUCGCCUCUGCCCAGCUGGACGAUGCAGGGGUCUACACAGCUGAGGUCAUCCGGGCAGGGGUCUCCCGGCAGACUCGCGAGUUCACGGUGGGUGUGUAUGAGCCCCUACCCCAGCUGUCGGUUCAGCCCAAGGCUCCAGAGACAGAGGAGGGGGCGGCCGAGCUCCGGCUGCGCUGCCUGGGGUGGGGACCUGGUCGCGGGGAGCUGAGCUGGAGCAGGGACGGACGCGCCCUGGAGGCGUCGGAAUCCGAGGGAGCCGAGCCGCCCCGGAUCCGCUCAGAGGGCGACCAGCUGCUCAUCGUGCGCCCUGUGCGCAGCGACCACGCCCGGUACACUUGCCGCGUCCGCAGCCCCUUCGGCCGCAGGGAGGCUGCCGCCGACGUCACCGUCUUCUACGGCCCGGACCCGCCGAUCAUCACGGUCUCCUCGGACCGCGACGCCACGCCUGUCCGCUUUGUCACCGCGGGCAGCAAUGUGACCUUGCGCUGCGCUGCCGCCUCGCGGCCGCCCGCCGACAUCGCGUGGAGCCUGGCGGACCCGGCCGAGGCCGCGGUGCCCGCGGGUCCGCGCCUCCUGCUGCCCGCGGUCGGGCCGGGCCACGCAGGCACCUACGCCUGCCUGGCAGCGAACCCGCGCACCAGCCGCCGCCGCCGCUCGCUGCUCAACCUCACUGUGGCGGACCUGCCCCCCGGGGCUCCACAGUGCUCAGUUGAAGGGGGUCCCGGGGACCGCAGCCUCCGCUUCCGCUGCUCGUGGCCCGGCGGGGUCCCUGCCGCCUCCCUGCAGUUCCAGGGUCUCCCCGAAGGCAUCCGCGCGGGGCCAGUGUCCUCUGUGCUGCUGGCUGCCGUCCCCGCCCACCCCCGGCUCAGCGGCGUCCCCAUCACCUGCCUUGCUCGCCACCUGGUGGCCACGCGUACCUGCAUAGUCACGCCGGAGGCCCCCCGAGAGGUGCUGCUGCAUCCGCUGGUGGCAGAGACACGGUUGGGGGAGGCAGAGGUGGCACUGGAGGCCUCUGGUUGUCCCCCACCCUCACGGGCAUCCUGGGCCCGGGAAGGGCGGCCCCUGGCUCCAGGAGGCGGGAGUCGCCUGCGGCUCAGUCAAGAUGGGCGGAAGCUCCACAUCGGCAACUUCAGCCUGGAUUGGGACCUGGGAAAUUACUCCGUGCUGUGCAGUGGGGCGUUGGGAGCUGGCGGUGACCAGAUCACUCUCAUUGGACCCUCCAUAUCCUCGUGGAGGCUUCAGAGAGCCAGAGAUGCAGCCGUGCUGACUUGGGAUGUGGAGCGCGGGGCCCUAAUCAGCAGUUUUGAGAUCCAGGCAUGGCCAGAUGGGCCUGAUCUGGGCAGGACUUCCACCUACAAGGACUGGGUCUCCCUGCUCAUCCUGGGGCCUCAGGAGCGGUCAGCUGUGGUGCCCCUUCCACCUCGGAACCCAGGGAUCUGGACCUUUCGGAUCCUGCCCAUCCUGGGGGGCCAGCCAGGGACUCCAUCACAAAGCCGGGUCUACCAGGCCGGCCCCACGUUGAGCCACGGGGCCAUCGCAGGCAUCGUCCUGGGCUCCCUACUGGGCCUGGCGCUGCUAGCCGUCCUUCUCCUCCUUUGCAUCUGCUGCCUGUGCCGCUUUCGUGGAAAGACUCCUGAGAAAAAGAAGCAUCCUUCUACCUUGGUCCCCGUGGACACCCCCUCAGAAAAGAAGAUGCACAGUGUGACCCCAGUGGAGAUUUCAUGGCCUCUGGACCUCAAAGUCCCGCUGGAGGACCACAGCUCAACUAGGGCCUACCAAAAGAAGAGCCUUCCUGUAUUUGUGCGAGUAAGGAGAUGUGACUGCUUGGCUGGGAAACUCCUGCUGAUAGAACUGUGUGGUUUGCACAGCCUCCAAGCCUCUGCAGCAGACAGGCAGGGCUUGCUGUGUUGCUCUGAGCUAGAGAGGGAGCCUGGCCAUGCUCUCUGAAAAGGUCCCCCUACAUUCACUUUGCCACCUGUAGGCCACACCCCAUCCAGCUCCCAGCAUCUUCAUCUUCAAACAGAUCAGAUCAUGUCCCUCUUCUCUUUAAACCCUUCUAGGGCCUGUGCAUUUCCCUUCAGAUAUUAUCCAGACUCCUCGUCGUGACCUUCAGAAACCUUGUGGUCUGGCCUCUGUUGGCCUCCCUGACCUCCCCUCCCAAUUGUUUCUCUGCCCCCUGACUCCAGUAUCACAGGCUGUCUCUCAGCCACAAUUUAUUUUGCCCCUAGAGUUUGCUCUGCUGGUAGCACUUCUUUUUCCCGUAUGUCAUUCAUUUCUCAAGUCUAAGAGUAACAAUUGCCAUCUUAGACAACCAUUCCCCUACCCCUCCCUUAGUCUUGGGUUAAGUCCCAGAAUCCUUGAAUUUGCCGUUUCUGAUACAUAAAUAUGUAAUUACUUGUGUGGCCUGAGACUCUCUGUCUAAACUAAGGGCUUUACGAAAGCAGAGACCACAUCAUUAUCUCAGCACUUAACCCAGAGCCUGGCACGCAGCAGGCAAUCAAUAAAUACUUGUUGACUGAUCCGAUGUUUUGGUGCCGGUGAAGAGCUGGGCUUGCCGCUGCUGUCUUCAGCAUAAGUCUUGCUUUUUCAGCUGGGUUUCUAAUUGAGAAUUUAGAGAGUGCAUUGGUGAGGAUUCUUUUGACUGCAAGUAACAAAAUAAAAUGGUGGCA